AUGGCCAAGCUCCUCGGCUGGGAUCAGGACGUCACCACCGUGUACGCGCGCUUCACCGUCCCGAAGGGCACAAGGGCUUCGCAGGUGCGAGUGGACGCCGCCGUCAACUCUCUGUUGGUCUUCGUCCUGCCGGCGGACUCCACCCUGAGCUACGUGUACGAGGGCCAAAAGGAGGGCGGGGAGCUGAGCAAGACGAUAAUCUCCGCCGACGUGCUGUGGACGCUGGAGGAGGACGAGAAAGGUCGGCGGGUAGUUCACGUCGUUCUGCCGAAGAGCACCACCGGGCAGCUGGACAAGCCGUGGCGCACCUUGUUCGCCGAGCACGAGGAGGUUGAGGGCGACGAGGAAAAGUCUAUGGCGGACUGCCUGAAGGAGCUCACGUUCUGCGACGAGCCGUCCACGCCCUUCGACGAGCUGCCGCUGGACAUACGACUGCACAUGGAGGAGCUACGGCGGCGCAAGUACGCCAUGGGCGCGGGGUACCUAAACCCGGCGGAGGACUUUGACGACUUCAGGAUGGUCCUCACGGAGUGA